GGAACUAGUAUAACCAAUAGCAAUACGCUUGUAAAUAUACAUUCUCUGUCCAAGUUUUUUGCUUUUGACAUUGUCAAAAAACUUGACUGAAAUCUAGAUUUUAGAUCUAAAUCUUUUUAAAUAAUAAUGUCAACGCAUUUAUAUUGUGUUUUGAAUUUCACUGUUAAAAACAAAAUUUUAAAUGUAUCCACACUGCAUUUAAUAAAAAGUGUCAGAUUUCGAAAACCGAGAUGGGUUCCAAUUGCAAAGUCAAAAGAAUUUUAUGUACGCAAACCAACUCCCAUCGAUCCUGUUGAAUAUGAUAUGCUAAAUACACGAUACAACUUGUACAGAGCUGAAGUUCUUAGUAUUAGGCAAUUCCUUAAACAGCAGCUUUCAGAAAGUGCAGUUAAUUUAAAAGCUCAACAAAAAUCUGAUGAUGCAGCAGAUGUUGCUUGGAUGGCAGAACAAGUGAAAAGUUGGAACAAAUUAGUUGCUGUCAACAGGGAAGCACGACAAGUCAAAGAAAUGCAAAAAGAGGAAAAAAGAAUUGCAGAAUUUAUGGCCAAAAAAGAAGAAAACAGGUUGAAAGUAGCUAAAAAAGCAGAAAUAUUAUUAUUAAAAAACAAAGAAAUAUCAUCCAACUUUAUCACUGACAUCACCAAAGAUAAACUGGAUGAAGAAAUUGAGAGGCUUCUGGACAGUCGGAGUGACUAUAACUUUGCUAUUACAAAGACAGGACAAAUUUUAAAAGGGGAAUACCCAGACACCACUGUAACACAAGACUCUACAAAGAGCUAAGUAAUCGUUCACCAAAUUUAGCAGCACACUGAGCCAGUGAUGUGGCAAGGUAGUUGUACAUCUGUUUUCUUUCCUGGAGUAAACUUUUAUAUCCCUGGGCCCCAAGAGACAAC